AUGCCUCCCCCGCCUCUUGGUUUGGGACCGCAGCAUCGCAGGCCUUCUCCUCCACCCUCAUUCCUGACAGGGCUGAUGAAGACCUCUCCUCAUCAAUCCAUCCCCUCCUUUACUUCUGAGGGCCCUACCCGGAAGCAGGUUCUCGUGUCGUUCGGGGGUACCCCUCCCAACCUCACGAAAUUCUUCACCGAAUUGGCCAUUCGCGUGGCCAACGGGUACCUCAGGGAUGGCUGCUCCAUGUUGAAGGUCACCUCCAUCGUCUGUGCCUAUGACGGCUUGUCGUUGGUCACCCCUGCCAUUGCCAGCCCGUCUGAUCUAGACAUACUGUGCAACUUCAUCCACGAAAGCCUCCCAACGGGUACCCCAUUCGAGGUUGCGCUCCCAUCGUCGACAUCUUUUAUAAAGAUCCUCGACAUUCCCUACUUCGACCCCAAAGGGCUGAAGAUCACCCAGGAGGCACUUGAAAAGGCCCUCCGUACCUCGGUUCAUGCUGAGGUCUUCGCAUAUCUGAGCACCAAGCCUCGGAUCGAUCGCAACUCGGCGCACUCGACAUUGUGCACCGUCUACUGCAACAUCUGGGACUCCCAGCAGGGAACCCGUGCCAAGAAGGCCCUUGGCCAACCAAUCUUCCUCACUGGGCGGUCCUGCGCAAUCAGGCCUGCUGCAAGACACACUGGGGUCCUGCUCUGCCAGUGCUGCUGGAAGUGGGACCACCCUACCAUUGCCUGCAAGGCGAAGCAGCUUAGCUGCCCUAUCUGCUCGGGUCCACACGAGCAGAAGGAACAUUGUCAACAUGCGGGAUGUUGCAAGGGGAACGUGAAAGUGAAGCCCCCUGUGCUGCCCACCCCUCGCAACCAGCCCUGCCCCCACAAGGGCCACUGUGUCAACUGCUACAAGGACCACACCGCCAACUCGGCCUCAUGCAAGUUCUGGGCACAUCGCUACAUCUGUGAGUGGAUCAUGGCCAAGUAUCGUCAGGUACAUGAGCACGCCGCUCGCCACCAACUUACUAACCCCCAAACCUAG